GUUGAAGACAAUAGAAGCACAUUGGGUUGCAACUUGUGACAGUUACCGGUGGACAACUUGUUGUGAACAUUUAUUUUUUCUUCCAAUGGGUCAGGUGGAUGGAAAUUGGUUAUUAAUCGUUGUAGGUGGUGAACGAUCAAGCAACAGGAAGCUCUUAGUGACCACG